GCAAUAGCGCCUAAUGGUGUGAGAGAUAAGCGAGUGAUCGGAAUGAUGGCUCAAUUAGAAGCCAAAGGGCCGUUUGCCGGCUGACGGCGAAGCCCGGGCUUUCGAUGCAGUCCGGCUUUUCUUGAUCCACGCAUUUCUCGCUCGGCGCCCGAUCCUCCAGCCCGGCCAUCCGCGUCAGCGCUGGCAAGCCCCUCGCGUCCGUGUGGAUCCGAGGGCAUCGGCGAUGGCCCACGUGGCCCGGAGCCCGCGAGGACAACGGGGGGGCUUUGGAUUCCUUCCAGUUCCGCCUGGCUUGUUUUCCUUGCUUUGCUCCAGGUUUUACUGCUGGUUGCCUGCGAAGCCUUUCGCUCCUCCCUUUUGAAAUCCUAUAUUAGCUGUGGCCAAAGCAGGGUAAGGAACACAGCUCAUUGUUGGCAAGGGCUGAUGAGAAACUCGCCGAGAAGGGGAAGCCGCGGCUUCGAGUCUGUAUGCCCAGCAGCAGCCAGAAGAAUUCACCGCCACCCUCCACCCGGUCAAGCACACAGAGGACGAAGCGGACCGUCGCCUGCUCUAUGCUGGGCGAUUUCUGCUGACUGGGUCCAGCAGCGCGUUGGGAGCGAAGGAAGAAAGCGAGCGAGAGAGCGUGAGGCUGGAAAUGGCAGAGCACAUGAUGGCCAUGAACCACGGACGCGUCCCUGAUGGAACCAGUGGGCUUCACCACCACCCGGCCCAUCGCAUGGGAAUGGGACCCUUUCCAACCCACCACCACCAGCAGCAGCAGCAGCCACCGCACGCCUUCAGUGCCUUGAUGAGCGACCAUCUCCAUUACGGAGGAGGAAAUAUGAACACAAACCGUGGCAUCAGGCACGCCAUGGGGCCAGGGAAUGUGAACGGGGGACACCCUCCUGGCAGCAUGCCGCCGACCGCGAGGUUUAAUAAUACCCAAUUCAUGGCACCGACGGUGGCUCCUCAAGGCGGGCCCUUAACAGCCAGCAUGCAGUUGCAGAAGCUGAACAACCAGUACUUCAGUCACCAUCCUUACCCUCACAACCACUACAUGCCGGAUUUACUUCCUGCCAACCAUCAGCUCAACGGAGCAACCCAGCAUUUUCGGGACUGCAACCCAAAGCACAGCAGCAGUGGGGGGGGCGGGGGCAGCAGCGGUGUGCCAGCUUCCGUGCCCCACGUCCCUGCAGCAAUGCUGCCUCCCAAUGUCAUUGACACUGACUUCAUUGACGAGGAGGUCCUGAUGUCCUUAGUCGUAGAAAUGGGUUUGGAUCGCAUCAAGGAGCUUCCUGAGCUUUGGCUGGGACAGAACGAGUUUGAUUUCAUGACAGACUUCGUUUGCAAACAGCAGUCUAGCAGAGUGAGCUGCUGACUUUCGUGUAAAACAAAGGACUUUUUUUUUCCAUGUGUAUGAAUGAAAAAACAUUCCCUCUAGAAACAGUAUUUCAAAGGCUUGUAGGAGCUUGAACACCUGGGAAGCAGAGUAAACUGUAAACUUGUAUAAUUUUUCUUAUUUUCUGUGUGCUACCACCACUUCUUUAUUUUUUUAAGCUUGGCCACCCAUUUUUGUCCCCCUGACCUGUAAUCAUUUUUAACUGAACCUAUCAUAUCCUCAGUGUCUCUUUCUCUGUCUCCUCUGCCUAAUUUCUUCCCUGCUAACCUUAACCUGGCAGGUCUUUCAGUGGCUAGAUGCAAACAUGGGCAAAAAAUAAUCGUGUCGAUAUUCUGUGAGUUAUGAUUUCAAAUGAGUAGAACUGCAUUCAGAUUCUUGAGUUUAAAAAGAUUUUUUUUAAAAAAAAAAUGCAUUAGUUGAUUGCGCGAACUUCAAGAUAGAUUCCUGCGCAAAUACUGCCCUCUUCCUUUGUUUUGAACUAUGCGUUGGAGUGAUGCUAAUUUUUAGUCUGCUAAACUGGAAGCUUAGCAAAUGUGGGCCAAACCUUCCUUCUUCAGGAAAAAUAAUACUGUUACUUAAACUCUGCUGACUGUUCCUCUCCCCCAUCUGUACAGAUAAAAAGUGUGAAUGGAAUGGCGGUGGGGUCGGUGGGAGGGGACUUUGCUGGCUUUUAUUCUGGUUCUAUUUUCAACAUCCUUUUAUUUUGGUAAUGUGCUUACAUGGUUUAUUCAAUACAUAGGGGGAAAGAACUACUGUGUUGAAAGCUUUUUAGGAAAUUUGACAGUAUUUUUGUACAAUUUUUUUUCUGAGAACAUACUUGUUAAUUUAUUUUAUUUUAAGUUGCCAGUGUCCACAAAAAAGUUAAAUGCUUUAACUUUUUCCUAGGUAUAGUUCCCACUUAUUUUUCCUAAACUUAUUUUUCUUUCCCACCCCUUCAAUUGCCCCUCUCCAAAUAUUUAGUACAUAUGACCCUUUUUAACUUGUUGAGCUGUUGGGUUGUGUGAACAUUCUGAAGGAGUAUUUACUUGACACCAUUGUGUGCUAUAUGUCAUGAUCAGUGCAGAAGGUAAAAGGAUUUAAAUCUAAUUAUGAAAUCACAGUCUCAUAAGUAACAUUGUAACAUGCCUGUGUGAUUUUAUCAAAAGUGGAAUUUGCCAAGAGGCAACAACUUGUGAUUUGCCAACUUACUUACUAUAAAUGUAGUUGUCCAGAAUUAUGAUGCAUAAAGUAUUUAUUCUAUUUAUCUAUUAAACUUUAAUUUUAUAAAUACUCUCACAA